UUCAGUUCAGCCCACUCUGUUGUCUGUUGUUCUCUCUCGCUGAAGGUCUCAAUCUGUGCACCAGCGGAAGCGCCACAUCCUGUGAAGAGUGUCUUCUCAUCCAUCCCAAGUGUGCCUGGUGCUCCAAGGAGGAAUUUGGCAGCACAAAGUCCAUCACAUCACGGUGUGACUUCCUGCAGAACCUGAUUGCAAACGGUUGUGCCGGAGCCAUCGAAAACCCCAGCAGCAGCAUAAGCGUGGUGAAGAACGUUCCUCUGAGCAGCAAGGGCUCGGGCCAAACUCACCUGGAUGUCACGCAGAUCACACCUCAGAAGGUUGCCUUGAAUCUUCGUCCUGGUGACAAGACCUCCUUCCGUGUUCAGGUUCGGCAAGUUGAGGACUAUCCUGUGGAUCUGUACUACCUGAUGGAUCUCUCCCUGUCAAUGAACGACGACCUAGAUAAUAUUCGCAAUCUGGGGACGAAGCUGGCUGAAGAGAUGCGAAAGCUCACCAGCAAUUUUCGGCUGGGGUUUGGCUCUUUCGUGGACAAAAACAUUUCUCCCUUCUCCUACACAGCACCAAGAUACCAGAACAAUCCCUGCAUUGGUUACAAGCUGUUCCCCAGUUGCGUCCCAUCCUUUGGCUUCCGCCACCUCCUGUCCCUAACGGAUAAAGUCGACCGUUUCAAUGAAGAAGUUCAGAAACAGAAGGUUUCCCGCAACCGAGAUGCUCCGGAGGGUGGUUUUGAUGCGAUUUUGCAGGCUGCUGUGUGCAAGGAGAAGAUUGGCUGGCGUAAGGAGGCAUCUCACCUGCUGGUCUUCACAACGGAUGAUGUGCCCCACAUAGCCCUGGAUGGGAAGCUGGGAGGGCUGGUGCAGCCCCACGAUGGCCAGUGCCACCUGAAUGAAGCCAAUGAGUACAGUGCAUCCAGCCAGCUGGAUUAUCCUUCCCUGGCACUUCUUGGGGAGAAACUUGCUGAAAACAACAUCCACCUGAUUUUCGCUGUUACAAAAAGUCAUUACAUCCUAUACAAGAACUUCACUGCCUUGAUUCCUGGGACAACAGUGGAGAUUUUGCACAAAGACUCCAAGAACAUCAUCGAGCUGAUCGUCAAGGCCUACAACAGUAUUCGUUCGAAGGUGGAGCUCACAGUCUGGGACAGCCCUGAGGACAUUGGCUUGACCUUCACUGCCACGUGCCAGGAUGGGUUGUCUUAUCCGGGGCUCAGGAAGUGUGGGGAUCUCAAAAUAGGAGAUACGGUUUCCUUCGAGGUGGCGGUGGAGGCGCGGAGCUGCCCCGCUGAGGACACCUCCCACACCUUCACCAUCAAG